AUGGCUGCGGCACUUGGGGGCCUUCUCCCCGGCGUCUGCGCCGUGCUGAUGGUAAUCGCCGUCGCAAGUGCUGCCUCCAGCGAGGCAUCCUCGGUGGUCGUCGGCCUCGCCAAAUGCGCCGACUGCACCAGGAAGAACAUGAAGGCCGAGGCGGCAUUCAAGGGUCUUGAGGUGGCGAUCAAGUGCAAGAACAGCAAUGGCGAGUACGAGAGCAAGGCCAUGGGCAAGCUAGAUGGCUCCGGCACCUUCAGCAUCCCGCUGAGCACGGACCUGCACGCCGCUGACUGCGUCGCGCAGCUCCACAGCGCCUCGGGCACCCCGUGCCCCGGUCAGGAACCUUCCAGGAUUGUGCCGCAGUCGUCCGAGGGCAACUUCGUCGUAGUCCCUGGCAAGACAGACUACCCAUCGGCAGAAUGCGCAUCGGCAACCCUGUGCGGGCCGAUCAAGAAGCACCUGUUGGACCAUUUCCACGAGAAGCCUGUGCCACCGAAGCCGAAGCCAGAGCCAAAGCCAGAACCUAAGCCGCAGCCAGAGUACCACUCCCCUACACCAACAUAUGGAUCCCCAACGCCGAUCUACCAUCCUCCAGCCAGGCAGUUGUUUAACAAGAAGCACACGCUUGAUCACUUUCAUAAGGACCACGACUACCAUCACUUUUUCAACCACUUCCACAAGAAGCCAGUUCCGCCGAAGCCAAAGCCAGAGCCCAAGCCCAGGCCAGAACCCAAGCCGCAGCCGGAGUACCACUCUCCGACGCCGACGUACAGCUCUCCAACUCCGAUCUACCACCCUCCGGCCAGGCAUUUGUUCGACAAGAAGCCCUUGCUCGAUCACUUCCACAAGGACCACGACUACGACCACUUCCACAAGAAGCCCGUGCCACCGAAGCCAAAGCCGGAGCCCAAACCUCAGCCUGAGCCCGAUCACUUCCACAAGGGCCAUGACUACCACCACUUCUUCGACCACUUCCACAAGAAGCCCGUGCCGCCCAAGCCCAAGCCAGAGCCCAAACCGCAGCCUGAGCCUGAGUACCACUCUCCGACGCCAACGUAUGGGUCACCCACACCAAUCUACCACCCUCCGGCCAGGCAUUUGUUCGACAAGAAGCCCUUGCUCGAUCACUUCCACAAGGACCAUGACUACCACCACUUCUUUGACCACUUCCACAAGAAGCCUGUGCCACCGAAGCCAAAGCCGGAGCCCAAGCCACAUCCUGAGCCUGAGUACCACCACCCGACGCCCACAUACGGGUCUACGACUCCGAUCUACCACCCUCCAUCGUUGGACAAGAAGCCCUUUCUCGAUCACUUCCACAAGGACCAUGACUACCACCACUUCUUUGACCACUUCCACAAGAAGCCUGUGCCAUCGAAGCUCAAGCCGGAGCCCAAAUCGCAGCCACAGCCUGAGUACCACCCCCCGACGCCAACAUACGGGUCACCGACUCCCAUCUACCACCCUCCGGCCAAGCACUGA